AACCACAAUUGCGAAAAAAAAUUAUCCCGAAUGUAAUAAUCCUGAAUGUAAUAAUCCCGAAUGUAAUAAUCCCGAAUAUAAUAAUCUCGAAUGUAAUAAUCCCGAAUGUAAUAAUCCCGAAUGUAAUAAUCCCGAAUAUAAUAAUCCCGAAUGUAAUAAUCCCGAAUAUAAUAAUCCCGAAUGUAAUAAUCCCGAAUAUAAUAAUCCCGAAUUCGGGGAGAUAACUAAUAAAUCCCCGUCAUGCGAUCAUAGUGAGACGGGGAAUAAUCAACAGGAGGAAACGUCCAAAUAUAGAUAUGAUUUUCAUUCUCC